AUGGCGGAUCAAGAUAAUCCCCCCUGUGAGGGCUUUGAGUACAUUUCUGACCUAGGGGAGCGUUCAUAUGGGUCUAUUUCUGGAAAAAUAAUGAAUCUCUCCAACGGACAUCAUCUUGUUGGACAAUAUGUCCAAGAAGUUAUGAUCAAGAAGGGUGUGCAUUUGAAGAUGAAACACUUUGAUAUCCUGAAGCAGUUUCAACAUUCCUGCGCUAUACCUCUUCUCAACUUUUACCCAGAAUCUAUGAAUAUGGGCAGAUUAAUAAUACCCAAAGUCGAUGAUGCAUUUGACAAUUGUUUUCUUGGGAUAGAAACAGAAGUUCUAUUUGAUUCAGAUGGAGGAAUGAAUAGAUUUUUCAGAAAUUCUGUCAUUGAGCUAUGUGAUAUGAUAAACAAACUCCACGGGAUGAAUUUCAUUCUGAAAGAUGGUAUAACUGUGCCUAAUUUAUAUGUACAGAAGCUAUCAGAUGGUCAGAUAAAAAUCAUGUUCCUCCUGUCAGAAGUAAAAGAAUCAAAACAAACUAGUGCUGAAGGAAGGUCAGAUUGGAACUCACUCAAAGUGCUUGUGGAGCGGUGCUUCUCAGAGAAACAUGUUCAGAUGAAGUCUGUCACGAGAUCGUGGAUAAAUUUUAUUGGACAACAGUCAUUUACCAUUGACAAGAUGAGAGGGUACCCUGAUAACUGGAACUGGGUAAGGAAAGGGGAGUACCUAAUGACCCUUAAAUCGAGGGAUCAUCGGGCGCUGCAAAAUUCACUAAGAGGGACUGGUAUUACAUGGCCUGAUGAACCAUUGCCUUAUGAACUGCAAAUUAUAGUUGAUUCAUCAGCAUCUGAAGGGCGUCAUUACAGUAAGGAGGUUCCACUCCACUACCUGGUAAUGCUCGCUAAUGCUUAUAAGCAUUUCUACUCAAUGGGUCUCCAUGAUAUUUUCGGGGACCUGGAAAUCUUUGUGAAGUAUAUCGAAGUGUGGACGACCACAAUUUGGACUGAGCUGUUUGAGAUAAUAGGUUGGCCAGUUAGCCUGCAUGGCAUCAAGUAUGUCAGGGAAAUAUUAUGGUAA